UCCACGCCCUCCUCAUGUCGUCAGAUUCGCAAUAACCGGAGCAACUCCCCUCCGCUCCGAUCGCUAACCCCCGAUUCUCCACAAACUCACAUAAAAACCUCGAAACGCGAGCCCUAAUGUCCUUCCGAUCCCAAAAAAGGAAAAAAAAAUAAUCACAUUUCCCCCCCUCUCAGGCCUUUGUUCUUCUUCUUAGGGAAUUUUUCUUUGUUUUUGUGGUGAAUGGCGUAGAUUUUUGACCGUGAAGACUGAGGUAUUUUUGAGAUGGCGUCUUCGGCCGUCAAGUUGUUGUUCGCGCUCAUUGUUUUCCUCUCCGUCGGCUGGAUCGCCUUCGUAUUUGCGGCAAAGUUAUUGACAUGCUUCUUGAGCCGGAAACUACGGUCAUCUGUUGAGUUUCAUGUUGCUGGAUGCAAUUGUCUAAGGGAUGUUUCUGUGAAGUUCUCCAAGGGUUCCGUUGAAUCUGUAUGUAUUGGUGAAAUCAAGCUCAGCCUCUGCAAAUCACUGGUCAACCUGUGGUUCAGUUUCAUUUCUGGGGACCCAAAGUUGAAUUUAUUGAUAUGCGAUCUAGAAGUUGUUUUACGGCCUCCUGAGCGAAGUACUAUAAAGAGUAAAUCCCCAAGUAAACCUCCCAGGUUGCGCUCAUCUGGCAAAAGAAAGUGGAUCCUUGUGACUAAUGUAGCGAGAUUUCUCUCAGUUUCCGUGACUGAAUUGGUUGUGAAGGCACCAAAAGCUGGCAUUGAGAUCAAAGAUCUGAGUCUAGAUAUAUCCAAAUAUGGUGGACCUAAUCCUAUUCUAAAUGUCAAGCUGAAUGUUAAUCCUUUAUUUGUCCAGAUAUGUGAAUCACACAGUAGUUUUGAUAAUGCUGGUUUUGACCAAGGAGAGUGCUUUCUUUCUGGAAAUACUAGCUCAAAUUUUGCAGAAAAGGACUCAACACCUUUUGUGUUUGAGAGUUUAUCACUUGUUUGUGACCUUGGUCAUGAUAGGGAACAAGGGAUUGGGAUCAAGAACCUAAAUUUGACAAGUGGUGACGUCACUAUAAAUUUGAAUGAGAACAUGUUUAUUAAAAGAAAAAAGAAAUCAGAGGCUUCUGUUGGAGCUGAUAUCAAAGAUAGCUCUACUUUGGACGUGACAGAAGCCAAAAAGUCGGAAAACAAUAAGAUAUCAUCUCUACUGAAGAAGCCUAUAGUUCCGGAAAAGGUUAGCUUCAAUUUGCCUAAGUUAGAUGUGAAGUUUAUGCACCUGGGUCAAGAUCUUUCUGUUCAGAACAAUGUGAUGGGCAUCCAUUUGAGAUAUUGUAAAAGUACAUCAGAUGGAGAUUCUGGGGAAACGGCAACACGUUUUGAUGUUCAAAUGGAUUUCAGCGAAAUUCAUCUUCUCAGAGAAGGCACUAAUUCUAUGUUGGAGAUUCUCAAAGUUGCUGUUAUAGGUUCAAUUGAUGUUCCAAUUCAACCGCUUCAACCAGUUAGAGCUGAGAUUGAUGUCAAGCUUGGUGGAAUGCAAUGCAACUUAAUUGUUAGCAGACUGGAGCCCUGGCUUGGCUUUCACUUCUCAAAAAAGAAAAAUAUGGUACUUCAUAAUGAGACUUCACGCAAAGAACGGACUCAGGUGGGUAAAACCAAGACUAUCACGUGGACAUGUACUGUUUCAGCUCCAGAAAUCACUAUUGUGCUGUACGGGCUCAACGACUUACCAUUAUACCAUGUCUGCUCACAAUCAUCUCAUCUGUUCACAAAUAAUGUAGCAAGUAAGGGCAUUCAUGUACAUGCUGAACUUGGUGAAAUCCGUUUGCACAUGGCUGAUUAUUAUCAAGAAAGUUUAAGAGAGAGUUUGUUCCCUGUGGAAAUCAACUCAAGCUCAUUAAUGCACAUUGAAGGGCUUAUUCUCAAUUUUGGACAUCGAGAAGUAGAAUCCCAUGAGGAACAAGGUCCUAAUAACUGGAAAUUAAUGUUUGAUGUUGAUGUAACUGGAGUGGGAGUGUGUAUUGGUUUUCACCAUGUUGCAUCUGUUACUUCGACCUUGCUUUCCUUUAAGGCACUGUUAAAAAGUUUAGUUGGUUCAGGGAAAAAAGCUGUAAAGAGCAAAGUUGCACGUUCUAGCAAAGUAACUUCCAAAGGGACACAGAUUGUGAAGCUAAAUAUUGAAAAGUUUUCAUUUAAUUAUUGGGGUCAUGUGAUUGCAGCGGAUAUAGUUGUUGCAGACCCUAAGCGUGUAAAUUAUGGUUCACAGGGUGGUGAAACAAUAAUUACUGUUUCUGCUGAUGGCACACAGCGUACUGCAAGCGUAACAUCUACUGCCCCUAAUGGUUGCAAGAAGCUAAAGUUCUCCAUAUCUCUUGAUACAUCAAAUUUCAAGGUUUGUUUAAACAAGGAAAAACGUUCUGUUCAAAUUGAUCUUGAAAGUGUGAGAUCAAUCUUCCAGGAGUAUUCUGAAGAUAAUAAGUCUGGUGCAAAGUUGACUCUAUUUGACAUGAAAAAAGCAAAGUUUGUGCGUCGCUCUGGUGGCCUCAAUGAGGUAUCUGUCUGUUCUCUGGUCAAAGUAACUGAUAUAGCAGUCAGAUGGGAACCUGAUUUUCAUUUGGCAGUAUUUGAAGUCAUGACCUCUUUGAAAUCAGUUGUGCACAACGCACGGAACCAGCUUUCUGAUAACGAAGAUUUGAGUUCUCAAAACAGAGAAUCUGAAAAAGAAGUUAUGUUGGAACAGGAAAAGUCUGAUAAGAAUUGCAAGAAAAAGGAGCCGGUUAUUGCCCUUGAUGUGGAGAUGUUAACAGUUUCUGCUGAGCUUGCAGAUGGUGUGGAAGUAGCAAUUUGUGUGCAAUCUAUCUUCUCUGAGAAUGCAAGAAUAGGCGUAUUAAUCGAAGAGGUUAUGCUGAACCUUAAUGACACCAGACUUUUUACAAGUAACCGAAUGCAGAUUUCUCGAAUUCCUGUAUCUGUUUUGAGUACUUCAAAUGACACAAAGGUACAGUCUGUGACCACAUGGGAUUGGGUGAUUCAGGCUCCUGCGGUUCAUAUUUGGCUUCCCUAUAGGUUGCAGUUACGUGCUAUAGAUGAUGCAGUAGAGGAUACAUUAAGAGGUUUGAAACUUAUUGCUGCUGCUAAAACCACUCUUUUAUUUCCUAUGAAAAAGAGUUCAAAGAAAUCCAAAACAAAGUCUACGAAAUUUGGAUCUGUUAGAUCAAUCAUACGUAAAUUUACAAUAGCUAUGGAGGAAGAACCCAUACAAGGCUGGCUUGAUGAACAUUACAAUCUGAUGAAGAGUGAAAUUUCUGAGUUAAGUGUUCGAUUGAGGUUUCUUGACGAGUUUGUUUCCAUUGGGAAGUCUGGAGGUUCCACACCAACUGAACCACACACUGAAAGGAAGUUUGUUCAUAAUGGAAUUGAAAUUGACAUGUCCAAUACAGCAGCUAUUAAAAGCCUGCAAGAUGAAAUCCAUAAGCAGGCAUUUCAGUCUUAUUAUCAGGCAUGUCAGAAAUUAGAGUUAUCAGAAGGCUCAGGAGCAUGCCUGAGCGGCUUUCAGUCUGGUUUUAAACCGAGCACAAAUAGAGCUUCAGUUCUAACGAUUUCUGCCGUCAACUUAGAUCUAACUCUUACCAGCAUUGAAGGUGGUAAAGCUGGAAUGGUUGAGUUCAUAAACAAGAUGGAUCCAGUCAGCUUAGAUAAUGAGAUACCAUUCUCCCGGACGUACGGAGGAGAUAUUUCUUUGAACGCUGGAUCUUUGACCGUCCAACUUAGAGACUAUAUGUAUCCAGUCUUCUCUGGAACAGAGGGUAAAUGUCAAGGACGUCUUGUACUUGCACAACAGGCUACUUUCUUCCAGCCUCAAAUUGAGCAAGAUGUUUUUAUUGGGAAAUGGUGGAAAGUUCGCAUGUUACGUUCAGCAAGUGGUACAAGUCCACCAAUGAAAACAUAUAUGGAUUUGCCAUUAUAUUUCCAUAGAGCUGAAGUAUCCUAUGGAGUGGGAUAUGAACCAGUAUUUGCAGAUGUAAGCUAUGUAUUUACAGUAGCUCUACGCAGAGCUAUUCUUGGAACAAGGGGUAACAAUCCAAUGGCGAAUCAGCCACCUAAGAAAGAACGCAACUUACCAUGGUGGGAUGAUAUGAGGAACUAUAUUCAUGGGAAAGUUGGUUUACAUUUCACUGAGACAAAAUGGAUUUUGCUUGGAACAACCAACCCUUAUGAGAAGUUUGAUAACAUUCAGAUUAUUACAGGUUGUAUGGAAAUCCUACAGUCAGAUGGUCAUGUAUCUCUUUGUACAAAGGAAUUCAAGGCUUAUGUAAGUAGUCCGGAAAGUUUUGUAAAGAAUUGUAGUUUGAAGCUUCCAUGCUGUGACUCUCGACCUUUUCUUCAUGUUCCUGCAUUUUCUGUUGAUGUUACUCUAGAAUGGGAAUGUGACUCAGGUUCCCCUCUUAAUCAUUUCUUACAUGCACUUCCAAGAGAAGGUAAAACACGGGAUAAGGUCUUGGAUCCUUUUCGUUCAACUUCUCUCUCACUGAAGUGGAAUAUUUCUUUAAGACCCUUUACCUCUGCAAAGGCUGAACCUCUCUUGUCCACUAGUGCGGAAGAAAAUGCACUAGUAGAUGGAUCCAUGCAUGAUGCUUCGCAAAGUUUGGUUAGUACCUCAUCAGAUUCCCCAACAGUGAACUUGAGAGUGCAUUACCUUGUUUGGUUGUUUAAAUGGUGGAAUUUGGUUUAUCUUCCUCCUCAUAAGCUUCGUUCUUUCUCACGAUGGCCACGUUUUGGAGUUCCUAGGGUUGUCAGAUCUGGCAACUUAGCAUUAGAUAAAGUUAUGACUCAAUUUUUUCUUCGCAUUGAAGCUACGCCAACUUGCAUUAAGCACAUGCCUUUAGGAGAUGAUGAUCCAGCUAGUGGUCUGACAUUUGAAAUAAAGAAGAUGAAAGUGGAGCUCUGUCAUAGUCGUGGAAAAGAGAAGUUUACCUUUGAGAGUAAGCGGGACCCUCUUGACAUUGUGUACCAGGGGGUUGACCUUAAUAUGCUGAAGGUGUACUUGGACAGAAGCAAUGCUGCUUCUAUAACUCAAGAUAUGAAAGCAACUAAAAGUUCUCAAACUGCAGAUAAGUUUAACGAAAAAUCCCAGUAUAUAAGUGGUUGCACCGAGAAAUGCCGCGAUGAUGGUUUUCUUUUAGAUUCAGAUUAUUUCACUAUACGAAAACAAUCACCUAAGGCUGAUGGCUCAAAAAUUUUGGCUUGGCAGGAAGAUGGUAGGGCAAGUGCUGAGAUGACCCGUACAAAAUCUGAGUUAGAGAUGGGGAGUGAGAGUGACCAUUUGCAAUCUUAUCUUAGUGAUGAUGAUGAUGGAUUUAAUGUAGUAGUGGCUGACAAUUGCCAGCGAGUUUUUGUUUAUGGCCUUAAACUUUUGUGGACUAUUGAAAAUAGGGAUGCUAUUUGGUCCUUGAUUGCUGGUAUUUCUAAAGCGUUUCAGCCUCCGAAGCCUUCUCCUUCACGACAGUAUGCAAAGAGAAAGUUGUUAGAAGAGCAGCAAAUUGCUGAGGAAAAAUUGUCUCAUCAUGAUGUUUCUCAUGAUGAUGCUGUUAAUCCAUCUUCGUCUGCAUUUCAUGCUACAGGUUCCCCUUCCCUUCGAAAUGUUGAGCCUCUGGGUACACACCCCAUAGUUUCUCCAUCUUCAAAAUUGGAAGUCUUGAGUACUGUAGCUGUGGAUCCUGGCGAAAUUGGGGAUUCUGAGGAGGAGGGGACACAGCACUUCAUGGUUAACGUUAUUCAGCCUCAAUUUAAUUUGCAUUCAGAAGAAGCUAAUGGCAGGUUUCUGCUUGCAGCAGCUAGUGGCCGUAUUUUGGCUCGUUCCUUUCAUUCAGUUGUCCAUGUUGGUUCGGAGAUGAUCCAGCAAGCUCUUGGUACCGGCAGUGUCUCCAUUUCAGAAACUGAACCAGGAGUGACUUGGAAAAGAGCGGAGCUUUCUGUAAUGCUUGAGCACGUUCAGGCUCAUGUAGCACCAACUGAUGUUGACCCUGGUGCUGGACUUCAGUGGUUACCCAAAAUUCAUAGGAGCUCACCAAAAGUAAACCGUACAGGUGCAUUACUUGAAAGAGUAUUUAUGCCCUGUCAAAUGUACUUCCGCUACACUAGGCACAAAGGUGGUACGCCAGAAUUGAAGGUGAAGCCUCUGAAGGAGUUGAAGUUCAAUUCUCCUAAUAUUACAGCAACAAUGACAUCCCGCCAAUUUCAGGUUAUGAUGGAUGUGCUAAGCAAUCUUCUCUUUGCCAGACUUCCGAAACCUCGUAAAAGUACGAGUGAUGAUGAUGAUGAUGAUGAUGCAGAGGAAGCUGAUGAGGUGGUUCCAGAUGGUGUUGAAGAGGUUGAACUUGCGAGAAUCAGCAUUGAACAAAAAGAAAGGGAAAGAAAGUUAAUCCUUAAUGAUAUAAGGACACUAUCAGUUAGUAGUGAUAUUCCUAGUGAGACUGCAUGUUCAGAAAAUGAUGGUGAAUUGUGGAUGAUUACUGGUGGAAAAUCAAUACUGGUAAAUAGACUGAGGAAAGAGCUGGGUAGUAUACAAACCUCUCGAAAAGCUGCAUCCUCCACUCUGAGAUUGGUUCUGCAGAAAGCUUCACAGUUACGAUUAAUGGAGAAAGAAAAGAACAAAAGCCCUUCCUUUGCGAUGAGUAUUUCCCUGAGAAUCAGCAAGGUAGUGUGGAGCAUGCUUGCAGACGGUAAAUCCUUUGCUGAAACUGAGAUAAACAAUAUGAUCUUUGACUUUGAUCGUGAUUACAAAGAUAUGGGCGUUUGUCUGUUCACUAUGACAUCCUUUGUUGUGAGAAACUGCCUGCAAAAUUCGAAGUCUGAUACAGUGUUAGCUGCCUGGAAUGCACCUUCUGAAUGGGGAAAAAAUGUUAUGCUCCGUGUCAAUGCCAAACAGGGAGCUCCAAAGGAUGGAAAUUCACUACUUGAACUUUUACAGGUGGAGAUAUACCCAUUGAAGAUACAUUUGGCAGAAUCAAUGUACAGGAUGAUGUGGGGGUACUUCUUUCCAGGAGAAGAACAAGAUUCACAGAAACGGCAGGAAGUCUGGAAAGUUUCAACAAAUGCUGGUGGAAAACGGGUAAAGAAAAGCACAUCUGGCGCUGACACAAAUGCCUCAAGUAACCAAUUGACAAGAGAAUUUGAGAUUACAAAAAAAUCUGGUUCUAAUUCAAAAGCCUCCCUGAUCUCUGGUACUUCUAGCCAUAGUGAUUCUUCUCAGGGGUUGAAGUUACCAAAAACAAAAAGAAACAGUGUGUCUAGUUCCAAUCCAGAGUUUCAACCUACAUCAUCAGUUGAUAGAUCAUGGGAAGAAACCGUGGCGGAAUCAGUAGCUGAUGAACUUGUUUUGCAAAGUUUUGUUGCAAAAGGUGGUCCUCUGAGUUCUGCUCCAGAAAAUCAACAAGCCGCUAAUGAGGACACAGUCAAAAGUAAAACAAAAGAUUCCAAGAAGGUUGGGAAGGCUCAGGAUGAAAAUAGAGACAAGUCGCGGAAGCAAACGGAAUUUCGUAAUAUCAACAUCAGCCAGGUUGAGUUGCAGCUUACGUAUGAGGGUUCAAGGUUUGCAGUCAGUGACAUGAGGCUGUUGAUGGAUUCAUUUCAUCCUGAUGAUUUCACAGGCACCUGGCGAAGGCUAUUUUCACGAAUUAAAAAACACAUAAUAUGGGGAGUUCUAAAAUCAGUGACAGGAAUGCAGGGAAAAAAGUUCAAAGCCAAAACCCAAAACCUGAAGGAGUUGCAAGCAGAUAUUGUACCUGAUCUCAAUGUUGGCGAUGUUGAUGGUGGUCAACCUGGGAAAUCUGAUCAACUCCCUCUAACAUUUGCCAAGCAUCCAAUGGACGGAGCUGGUGAUGGAUUUGUCACCUCCGUAAAAGGGUUGUUUAAUAAUCAGCGUUCCAAAGCAAAGGCAUUUGUUUUGCGAACUAUGAGAGGAGAGGCAGACAAUGAGUUGCAAGGCGAAUGGAGUGAGAAUGAUCCUGAAUUUGCACCCUUUGCUAGGCAACUUACGAUAACAAAAGCAAAGAAGCUAAUACGAAGGCACACAAAGAAGUUCCAUUCAAAAGCAGAGCAGACUUCAGGGACUGCAUUACAGGAGCAAGAGUCACAUCCAUCGUCACCAAGAGAGACUUCACCGUUUCAAAGUGACUCGUCUGAUGAUUCAUCCCAAGAAGACUGAAAUUAUUAGUAGUUCUUAGUCUAAAAUUCUUGUGACAGAAAUCAUUGUUAAGAGUGAAUCUCUCCACGUGAAUUGUGCGGAAACCCUAGUUUGUUAAAGUGGGGGUGCUUUUUGCUUACCAAGAGCGAAUCUCAUGUCGAUAUACUACUACAAGUUUCAAGAAGGCUUUAACCGUUGUUGCGUGCUCUCAUCAGGAGUGCUAAUGCGAGCAACAAUGGGUAAACAGCAGUAAGGGAAAUAGUGCAUCUGCAUAUACAAGGACAUGAGCACCUAUUAGGAUCAACAUUCCUCUUUCUUGUGUAUGUAAUGUCGACGUUUAUACCUGCACUAUAACAUGUCUGUCCUAUUGACCUACACGCUAGUUUUUCUCAUAGGCCCCAAUUUUUGGUACUUUUUUUUUUUGAAAGAACUCAGUUGUAUCUUAAUAAAUUAAUUAAAAAGUGAUGGCUCUUAGUUUCUCCCCAUUCUGAGCCAGAUUCUUUUU